UCGAAGGCCACCCAGCUCUGGCAGACCAUCUGUUUUUGCAGGAAUUUCGUAAGAAACCGAGCGCCGCCAGAUGGAUCCUAAUUUGCGAAACUUCAAGGAUUUUCUCACAUUGUACAACAAAGUGACGGAAAUGUGCUUCGGCCGGUGCGUCGAUAAUCUCAACGAGCGGAACCUGGCCAGCCAUGAGGACGUCUGCGUGGAUAGGUGCGUCACGAAAUUCGCUCGCUUCAACCAGAACAUGAUGAACUUCUACGUAGAGGUGCAGACAAGUUUAAACGCGAAACGCAUGAAGGAGGAGGAGGAAAGAGCCAAGAUUGCCGCGCAGCAGGAGGAUCAGAGGCUGAAAGAAUUGGCCGCCACAGCGGUGCUGACACCUGUUCCGCCGACUGCCGCAGGCAACCUGUCCCUUUAGCAGCAGUCG